GAUUUGAAGGCAACUUCACAUCGGAAUUGUCAACUCCACGACCUAACCUCCAAUUAGAUAAUGUAUUAAUAAUUAUUAGGAAAGAUGUCCGUAAUAACAAGAAUCUUAGAUAAAAAUGUUGUUAAACAAUUGCCGAAGCGGGCGGCUGCUUACUAUUCGAAUAAACCGAAUAUCGAAGAAGAUAUCGGUGAAUUUCGUGUGUUGUAUUUGAAGACAUCAAAGGCUCAAGCAUUCACCAAGAAGAAGUACCAAAAGCCUGAGGUGUUACCACCCAGAAGCAAUGAGAUGCCUGUCGAUCAGAAUUGGGGAAAUGUGUGGCCUGGACCACGCACAUUCCAUCCAGCCACUGUACCCUUGCCUCUGCGCCAAGGAUAUGUCAGCAAGGGAUCACCACCAGACAAGUAUGCCAAUGCUGAGCUUAUGAAGAUCCCCAAUUUCCUUCAUCUCACACCACCAGUUAUUGAAAGACAAUGUGCAGCUCUGAAGAAGUUCUGCACACCUUGGCCAAAAGCUCUGUCCAAUGAUGAGCUAUGUGAGAAGCAUUUCCCUUUUGAAGUGAUUUCUUCCAACUAUUGUCAUUCUUCACCUUCAAUUAGGGAUCCAAUGGCUAGAAUAGUUACAAUUAAAUUCAAGCUGAAUGACUUGAAAUUCGAUGAGAAAUCCAGGGACAAAUAUUUGAGACUCGUUGGAGACAGAUACAACAGUGAAACUGGAUAUGUUACAAUUGUGACUGAUAGAUGCCCCACACAGAAACAGAAUUAUGAUUAUGCCAUGUAUUUAGUCACUGCCUUGUACCAUGAAUCCUGGAAUGUUGAAGCCUGGGAGGAGUUGAAAACUGAAGCAGACAUGGAGAAGUACAUCUGGGAAAAUAAUGAAUCCAAGAAAUCUGUGGAGAAACUCUUUGGAAAGAAUAGUGAAGAUAUUGCUGAGAGCAAACAGUAUGCAAAUGCAGUUAUUAAUUUCAUGAAUGAAGGUGAAAGUGAUUACACACUUGCAAAUUAUGGGGAUUCAGUGAGAAUAUUAUUAGGAUUACCUGCAAAAACGAAUGUUCUUUGAUAUAUUUAAGCAAUAAAACUGAAAGUAGAGUACA